GCAGUCGCCGACUUUGGGGGGGGCGCCGUCCCGCACUACGGGAUUUGGCAGCAAUGGCGUCGGUGGUGGUCGCCAUGACGGGCGGCGAGGCCGGAGGGGCUUCUUUGGCAGGCGCUAGUCUGGAGCAGAAGAAGUUCGAGUACUUCUCCUCCAUCAGCCCGAUGGCGAGGAAGAUCAUGCUGGAGAAGCAGAAGAUCCGGGAGAGGUACGGGCCACGCUGGGACACCCUGGCGCCGCGGGAGCAGGAGGACAUCAUCGACAACUGGAUGGUGGAGCCGCAGAUCCGCAGCCGUUACAGUCUGCACCGGGUGCCCCGAGACGAGAUGGUCUGCUACCCCAGGUUGCACCUGCAGACGGGCCAGAAGGUCGUGCACUUCGGAGAAGAGGAUAUUACAUGGCAAGAUGAACACUCGGCUCCAUUUUCUUGGGAAACCAAGAGUCAGAUGGAAUUCAGCUUUGCCUCCACCACUGUUGCAGAACCAGCGUCAUCAACACAGAGUGAUCACCGACAGCCAGCCAAGAUAUCCCAAGGAAAUCACCAACAUAAAGCAUCCCAGGGAGGUCAGCCAGUUAAACAGCUGCAGAAUGGAAAGACACCAAGUGUAGAUUGUCCUGCACAGGUCAAAAAGGAAGAAUCAUCAUCCUUCUGGAAACUGAGUGCUGAAAGAUCAAAGCUAGAAAGUGAUCACCAAUAUGUGACACCAAGUCAGAUCAAGUCAAUGGAAAAAGGAGAAAAGCCAGUUCCUUCCUACAUGAGACAAGAGUCUUUAAAGGAGAAAGAUGAAAAUAAAUCCGAGAAACCUUGGGUGAAGAAACAGGAGCGAAUAAUCAACACUAGUGUCUCAUCUGUGUUCAUUGACUUUGACAGGCCGCGAGUAAGCCAGCCUUCAUUUGGUGUGCAUGAAGAUAAUUUGCCUCCUGGCCAAACUGAGAAAUCUCCAGUCAAAAAGAAUGUUGCAAAGGAAUCGGAGGAUGAAGAGAGAGAUGAGUCCUAUGCAUCUGAUACACCAUUUUUCUCACAGGUUAAUAUGAACAGUUCCAUUCGAAAGACAGGGUUUGACUUCCUGGACAACUGGUAAUUUUCCUGUUGCCUUAACAGCUUAAAAAAAACUCCCAACGAUAAGCUUGGUUCACAUACUCCAGUUAGUCACUUAAGUUAACACUGCAUAUUUAUGUAUAAUUACACUUACCACUAUGUAUGAAAUGAGUUACUUUCUGUAAAGAGGAAAGAUCCUUCUUAUAGGUAUAUGGAUAUUGAAUGAGCUAUGCAUCUGUCUCCUGUUUUGAGCCUUUCAGUAGCUUGUUUACUAAAGCUAUACCUUCUACUUCUAGAUGCUAAAACUAGCCACAGGGAAAGGUUUUUAAAAAAGUGGAAGACAGACACACUGGGCUGAAUUAUCACCCACAUGAAUGGGGUUUAGAUGGUUUAAAUAGGUUGUUAUGUAACCUAAUGGUUCAAGUAGACAGGAAGGUGAGCGUCUCUGAAUGCAGUGGAUGGGCUAGAAGAUAUACUGUGUUGUACUCCUGUACCCAGUAAGUGGCCACUGAGUGUAUAUUUGUGACAAAUCUGCAGUGAACGUUCUGCCUUUCCUUGCAAAUGACAUUGUGUAUGUGGCUGCCUGUUCAGGUGAUUGCCUGUGUUCCCAAAGGAAACUUUAACUUUAAGAAACAAAAAUGUUUGGCUCAACCGGGGAUAAAAGUAAAUGAGUAUUUACAGCACAGACAGGUAAUGAUUAUAAAACAAAUUACUGGAGGAAAUGGAUGAUCAAUGUUUGGAGACCCUCUGUCUGGACUGACAAACUUUGAAUGUCCAAUCCCUUCAUAGUUGCAGCCUACUCAGUGUGUUCAUCCUGCAGUCAUUUUCUAGCAUCUGCAGUCUCUUAUGUGACCAAGUAUUAAGACAUAGAGCAGUUGGCCCAUAAAGUCUGCUACACCAUUCCAUCAUGGCUGAUUUAUUAUCCCUCUUAACCCCAUUCUCCUGUCUUCUCCCUAUAAUCUUUAACACCCUUACUAAUGAUGGGUCUUUCAACCCAUGUUCUAAACAAUGUUCCCUCUAAUUUGUAAUGACCAUUGUGUGCAAAACUUUUGUGCUGUGCAGUCUUUUGCUCAGUAGUUGCACAUUCAUGAGCUCUUAAUGUAGCCAUUUUUAAAUGAAUUGGCAGUUCUUUUGCACAUCACUCCCUUUGUUUGCUUCUUUGGAAUUUGACGUAGUGGAUGAAUAGUUUCUUCAGUAAUAACAGUAUAAAUAAGCCAGUUCUAAAAUCUGCAGACAAAUAAUCGCAAACUCCACGUUGUCGACAACGCCUGCCUCAGAAACCGGAUAAGGAUAUGUGAUUGUGUACAAUCGUGAAAUAUACUUAACAUGCCAAUGAGAUGGAGGGUGACAUCCUCCACUUGUGCUGUUUAAAUUCCUUAGUGCACUAGUAGCAAAAGAUGUGUAGACGCCCACAGUUUAAAGGCAACUUUGGUUCUAAAUAAAUCCAAACUGACGGCCUCCACAGCUGCCUAUGGCAUUGAAUGAAUACCACUGAUUCACCUCCCUCUGGCUGAAGAAAUUUUUCCUCGUCUCUGUUUAAAAGGGGCAACCUUCUGUUCUUAGGCUUUGCGCUUUGACUUAGACUUUGACUCCCACUAUAGACUUUUCCUCGCCAUGUCCAUUCUGUCUUAAGGUCAAAGCUAACUGCAGUUAUAUCCUAAGGAGCAGCUAUCCCUUUCUAAAUUGGUGAAAUCUGUAUCAUUCCAACAGACGUGUCUUGUUCUUGUAUUUACUACAAUACUCUUUCUCUAUUAGUUUUGGCACGAUGGAUUUUGAUGUUUUAAAAAGUCCAAUGAAAUGAUUAGUGAAACAAUCACUGUAUGAGGAAUAUUUGUAUUUCGUUUGAUGAUUUAAAAUUUUUGUGAACAAAAGGUCCCAUUCCUACUGGAAGUACUUUACUACCACCUUAUCACUUUACAUUAUUUUUUGAAGUAAGGUAUGAAACAGGAACUUCUCAGUAAAUUAGGUAUUGUUUCUUGGUAUGCAAAAGGAAAGUGUAAACUUCCACCUUGGACUCAUUCAUCUAAUAGCAAUUGUAUGAGAAUACGGCUGCUUGGUCAAAGUGUAGUUUGAAUAGUAUAUUUGAUUUUUAAAGUAACAGAAUUUAAUAGCAAAACUCAUUAUUCUUAAGUUGUUGCACAUUUUUAUAAAAAAAUCAACAGUUAUGCUUGAUUAACUUUUUGCAGCUUUUCAUUAAAACACUAAGUAAAGAAGAACUGCUUCUGUUAAAAACACUAUAUUCACAAAACUGUGUAAUAAUAAAAGAGUAAAAUCCUCA